AUGUCAUCAAAAUACAUCCUGGGAAUUACAUUAUUAAAUCUAAUAUUUGAAAAUUUAGUGAACGCACAAGUUCCUUCUACUGAAUCUCCUACAGGCUCUCCUACAGACCUUUACGAAGAUGAUCCUGCUGGAUUCUUAAGCGUGGUUAUCAUAGGAUUCAUCUUUGCUUUUCUCGCUUUAGCAGGAAUAUUUUUUGUGCUUAACAGAGUCUAUUAUAGGUGGACUCAUAAGCAUAAAUCUUUGUCGAUGGCCCUUAGAGUUCCCUUUUACUUGGGCAUAUUAGAUUUAGUUUUCGUAAUAAAUAAUGUUAUUAGUAUUUUUCAUCUUGCAAUAUUUCAUAACUCAAUGUCUGAUCAAGUCUGUAAAAGCGUUGCUGCUAUAUCAGUUGCAUUUACACUCUUUCAUAGGCAAAUUAUCGCUGGUAUUUCUAUCAUUACAUAUCUCAGAGUAUGUAGGCAAAAGAUUUGUGAUACUGGUAGAUAUGAUUGGAAAUUAUUUUUACCUACAUCCAUCAUUUCAAUAAUCAUUUCUGUUAUGUCAAUACCAACUUAUGGCUCUAAUAUAUAUUGGUGCGCCGCAAAAGCAGAUACAAUAAUGGUUCCAAUAUUUUCGAUUUUUUUGACUUUUUUUGUACUCUUUAUAUGUUUGUUCUGUUACGUCCAAACUAUUCGAUCUAUACGUGACAUUAAAAAACAACAAUCAUCAAUUGUUGAGAAUCGAGCUAGAAAUAGUACCUUUAAAUCACCUAUAGAUGAAGUUGAAAUUAAAGUCUCUGUAAAAGUUUUGGGUUAUAUACUUGUAUAUAUGAUACAAUGGAUUCCAGCCAUACCAUAUGAUAUAUAUUCAUUACUUGGACGUGCCAAACCUUGGGUUUAUUGUAUGGUUACUGUGGCAGUUAAUAUGGGAGUGAGUUGGACUCGUUAUGGAAAUAGUACUAAUGCUUCGUCAUAUGAACAAGUAAAUCUUAAGGAUAUGAGUGGUUCAAGUUCAAAAGAAGGCGCCAACAUUUCCGUUGAAGUUUAG